CAUGAAUUUCCUAGAUUUCCAGCAGAAUGAAGAUGUCGAAGAUGAUGGACAUUUCUUCAGUGUAGAGAACAACGGUUCCACCUCGUCUUUAGGAAAUCUUGCCGGACUGGAUAAUGUUGAUGACCUCAAGCAAGGAGAAGCUGGCGGAGGCUUUGGUGGAAGAUCUCGAAAUGCAUCAGCAAGUUCUUCAACCCAGACCACUAACAAACGUUCAUCUCGACCACGAAGCUCAUCUACAAUAGACCUACCUGGUCCUAUAUCACCUGCGUCCAUCGCUGAGUAUCUUUCCCUACUAUUAAGGCUUGAGGAAAUAGUACAUCUUCCCGAUCAUGAUCUUUGUCCCGUUUCUAAAGGGAUGAAAGUUUCAUCCCUUUAGAAACGUACGGAGUACGGAGAUGCUCACCAGGACGGAGAUGCUCACCAGGACGGAUUUCGGCAACCUCUAAUCCCUGGAUACGCAGCAGGAAGCAGUAGAGCUGUACGUCGGGAACUUUCUCCCUUUGCCUACGAGCUUUUGCGCACUUUCACUCAACGCAGUAUCGCCAAAGCGAAUAACACCGAGCUUCUCGCCGUUUUAUACGCGGUUAUAAAAGGAAAGUUUUACAAAACGCUUGAGGAGGACCAGAUGUACACUCGGAAUUCCACUGGACGAAAUGUAG